GCGGUUCGGGGGGAUUUUUUUAACUCCACAACAAUGAGUGAAUCACUGGUAGUGUGUGAAGUGGAUGAAGAUCUGGUUAAAAAGCUGAGGGAGUUUCGUUUCCGGAAGGAGACCAACAAUGCAGCGAUCAUCAUGAAGAUUGAUAAAGACAAGCAGCUGGUUAUUCUGGAGGAAGAGCAUAAGGAUAUUUCUCCUGAUGAUCUAAAGGACGAGCUGCCAGAGAGACAGCCAAGAUUUAUCGUCUACAGUUAUAAGUACGAACAUGACGACGGGCGUGUGUCUUAUCCCCUCUGCUUCAUCUUCUCCAGCCCCGUGGGUUGCAGACCAGAGCAGCAGAUGAUGUACGCAGGAAGCAAAAACAAGCUGGUGCAGACUGUCGAACUGACCAAGGUGUUUGAGAUCAGAAACACAGAGGACCUCACAGAGGAAUGGCUUAGAGAGAAACUUGGGUUCUUUCGCUAAACCCAUCACCUCCUCCAGGGGUCUGGGAUACGAGGAGAAUCCUGAUUGCACAACUCGUGACAUCUCUUGGAGACAACACACCACAGUUAACCUUUCCCUCCUCCCUGCAUCAGACCUGAUUUAAAUAGUGUUUGCAGUCGUCUGUUUUAGGCCUGCUCGGUGGCGUUUAACGCUCAUUACAACUCAUAAGAUGCCAGAAGGUGCACACAAUUACAAGAGUUUGAAUGCUUCUCUGUGACUGCCAACAUUUCUGGCACUUACUAAACUUCACCGAUCUGGCAGCCUAAAACUGACCCUACUGUUUGAAGCAGGUCUGUUAUUGUCUCCAUACAAUCUCUCCAUAUUCCUCUUAUGUGUCUGUUUUGAAUUAACGAGGGCUGCCCCCAUUAGUCAACCAAAGACUCAAGUCAUGAUUAAUUGACACUGACACUGAGUUAUUUGUGCCAGAUAUUAUUGUUGUUUACACAGCUACUCCCUGAGCUCUUUGGCUGAUAGUUGCAUAUUAUGAACAGGAAAUCUAAAGGGUGGGAUUACUUUGAGAUAAAGGAUAAGUGUUAUUACUGUGCUAUCACUUUUCUUUCUCAGCCCUCCCUCCUAAAAUACACAUUUAAAUACCUAAAUUAAUAUGACAAACAUAUAAUUGCAACUUCUACUCGACUAAGAAAGUCUUUGUUUGUCGGGGCAGCCCUAGAAUUAAUGUUCUCAUUCCUCUUCAAGUGCAGAAAUUGACCAUUUCUACAAUUCAAAAGAAAUUGAACACUUUUUAACAACACUUUCUGUUUCUUCUAGAUGUUUACACGCAGAACCUCCUAAGUUUUACCGUUUUAUGUUCAUUAGAUUUUAAUAAUCUGAGAGUCUUUUUUUUUUUUAAAUAUUUAGUUAUUUCUGGUGUCUCUAGGGUUAGCUAAGUAUAUACUUUAUAUUCAUUUCAUUUCUUUUAUUGUGAAAGACAAACUUCCUGCCAGAACCUCGGAACAAUCAUAGCUACAAUUCAGUUUUGUUUUAUUCCGUCUCUCCUUUAAUCGAGGGCAUUUCAGUUAUAAUUUACAGUAACACUAAUACAUCUAUCUAUAUGAUAUGUUUUGCACCUUCUCCUGUGCACAAGAACACAAGCUGGCAGAAGCCCUUGAGUGGUGCUUAUUUAGCUGCAGAUGUAACCCUGUUAGUCUGUCAUCAGUUUUUUAAAAAUCUCUGUUUAGAGGAGAGAAAAAAAACAGUGUGAAUUGUGGGUAAUGCAUUUGACCUGCAUGUUUAUUACAAGAAUCCAACACUCCAGGAAAACAAUAUUUUCCACUGAAACAUUCCAGAUGUGAACAGUUACACACAAAAACCUCUGUCUCUAGCGACCAUGACAGUGAUGAUUACACUGCAUUACACAGGGUGGUAGUUCCCGCCCUCAUUUUAAUCUACUGGGCGACUCUGUUUAAAUGGGUUACUGUGUCUUUAGGGUGAUUGUUAGCUCCUAUCGUGCAUUAUAGCUCUUACUGUUAUUGGUGUUUAUGAAUGUCGUGCUUAAAUCCGUAUGUAAAGCCACGUGAAUUGCUUCAUGGUUGUCGCAGCCUUGAGAAUGACGGCUGCGAUUUCUCCAAACGCCAGAUGUGCCAGAAUUGGCAGGUAAAUGACAGCAUCUGGCCGAUUUACAUUCUCCAUGCAGACGCAGGAUUUGACCGGUGUAGCUUUUUUUUUUUUGAAAGGCUGAUAUUUAUGUAUUGAAUGUGCCAGCAGCUCAUUUUUGUGCCAAUGUCUAAUAUCCUCAGCUCAGCUCAGUCUGUAGUUUUUGUUUACCCAGUUUUUCUUAGCUUUGAGCAUUUUUAAAAUACAUUGUGCUGGAGCACACAGCUCAGACACUUUACAAACGGAUGUAUUUGGCUUUUCAUGCCCCAAAGGGACAGCAUUUUUUCCUGGCUUUUGGUUCCCAGCUGAAUAUUGUCAGUAUUUAAGCCAGUGCAGCACACUACCCAAAGGAUUAGUAGCAGCAUGACCAGCCCCAGAUAGUUAGAGCUGUAUAAGAAUGUACUAUGCAUGUAUUGCAGAUAAUACAGACUGGUUUUAUUGUGAUAAAACAGGAGUAACCUCAGUAGUAAGUGACCCGAGUAGCAGACUUCUUUUUUUUUUUAUAAUACUACACAUGUCCACUUUUACCCUGAAUUAUAUUGCUGAAUUAAAGCCCAGAAAUUCUCCAGAUAGUGCAUGAUAUUAUAUUGCUAUGGCUACCAUACCAAGGCCAUGCUGCAAGGCCAAAACCUGUUUUUCUCUGAUGGCGUCUUUGCCCUCAUAAACAACAGAAACUCUCCCAGAGAUCUGGCUCAAAGAUGUUUUCAUACAAUCAAACUGCUCCACGUGCAUCAUUCGUAAGGGCGGGGUUUUAUCCAACAGGAGCAAAGGGGACAUAAGUGUAAUCACUUGUUUUAAUGUCUACUAAUAGCAGAAAAACACAAAUCCACUAGAUUAAAUGACCUUUAUAUGACCUGAAAAACCCUUCAGAAAGUCUGUAAAUUCAGGAAUAUGCACAGCUUGAAAUGAACACUGUUUAUUCAAUGCAAUUGAAAUGUGCAAUGUACUGGGUUAGAUGUGAAUAUAUUUAUCUUUCUAAAUUCUAAAGACCUCUAAAAUGUGGAGAGCUACUGUAGAAGAAGUGUAUGCUUUAAAGUAAGUAAGCCUUACAGAAGGCUUUACCGAUGCUUUCUGAACAGCUACACCAAGUCUCUGACAUCGUUUAUUUGCACAUGAACGCUAUAAAAGGUUUGCAUCACAGUCGUCAGGUGUGAUAUCUGAAGUGUGUCCAAACUGACAUUCAUUUCUCUAAAAGAAAGCCUCUGCUGUUGCUAUUUUAAAUGGGAUGUAUAAGAAACUGUCCAUUCAUCAUGUAUCAAACUCAGUCUCCCUGAUGUAAGGUCCAGUUAACGAAGAGCCCCCUUUGGUUUUGAGCCAUGUAUCUGGUUAUGUCCUGUGGAUCUCUAACAGCUUUUUAUCUUUAUGUGGUGAACGCAUAUAGUUUUUGGCCUCUAGUGGUUUUUUUUGUUUUUUUACUUUAACCUGCAAUUGUGUUGUCAGCGCUCGGUGUCCUCUGAUUAAAUGCCUAUUCUAUUUUCUUUCCUUUUUACUAAAAAAAACCACCUGAAACAUCUGUCAUAACCAGCGGCCUCGUGGCAUCAGUGAAACUUGAGAUAUUUGUAUUUUCCCAUACUUUAUAAAAGUGUCUUGUCCUGUUGUCCAAAUAAAAUGACAGUGAUGUUUA